AUGUCUCGAUUCAUUCCAUUGUCCAAAGUAAUUAAUGAACUAGUUGCCAAGGGGAAGCCUCAAGUGAUAUACUCUUACAAGAUUAGACCAUUGGUCAGAGGAGGUGCUUGUACGUUAUCAGCAGUUUUCUUUGCAUAUGGUGUUUCAUUUGCUGAUUGGUCUUGGGCUUCUUCACUUGAUAUUUUUGAACAGACUAAGAAAGAUGAUGAAUUGGCCAAGAUGAGUAUUUUAGACAAGGCUAAAUUUUAUGGGUUAACCUUUAGUCCAUUCUUAUUGAUUAUCAUACCUUUUACACUUUCGUUUGCCUCUAUUGUGAUUGCUUCAAGAGUCGUUUCAAGUGUGACUUAUUUGCCAAAAGUUAAAGGUUUACCACAGCAAUGUCAAAUAACAAGAAGAUCUCCGAUCACAGGCAGACAUAUUACGGAAUUGAGGAAUCUAGAAGACAUUUCAAGAAGUGCCAAGAUCCGUGUAUUCACUGGUAAAGGUCCUAAUGGAACAGACGAUAAAUCCUCAUUUAUCUUUACGUUAUUUGAUUCCAAUAAUUCUAUAAGAUAUAGAUGGCAGAGAUUCUUCCUACUAUCGAGAUCAGGAACAUUUUAUGAGAAUGAUAGUAGAAUUUUUGACUAUCUGUUUGGUGGAGACUCUAUAAAAAUGUUAGAAAAGCUUAAAAGGGAGAAAGAAGAAUUAAAUUAUACAAGCCAACUUGAAAAAAAUUAUAAACAAGAUGAAGAAUUAUCACAGUUGAACAAGCAAAAGUUCAGCAAACUCUCAGAUAUGAACUCUGAAAGAGCAAAAAUUCAUUCUGGAUCUUCAAAAGAUGUGCUGAAAUUAAUGAACAAAAAAAAUUGA